AAUGGCCGACAGAUUUUCUAGGUUCAACGAAGAGCGUGAUUUCCAGGGUGGGAAUCACUUUGACCAGUAUGAAGAAGGCCAGUUGGAGCUGGAGCAGGCGUCCCUGGACAAGCCUAUCGAAUCGCGAAUUGGCCCCCUAUUAGCUAAGCAGCAAUGACCCGGUUUGUAUUUGCACGCUCUGCUUCCUUACUCCUUAUCUUUAGGGUCCUUUGUAACGCUUCUUUAUCUUUCUUUCUCUACUUUUCUUUCUGUUUCACGACUGUCACACCUGACAUCUUAUUCUCUCUCUCUCUCUCUCCAUCUCCCUCUCUCUCUUUCUUGCUCCCUCCCUUCUACACAGUGAUUCGGUGUACAGUACCCUCUGUCAUUCUGUGCUGGCAUGGUGCUUGUGCAACUGGGACUGCAUUUUACGCUGAAGAGGCAUAUUGAUAAUAGCGCAGGCAGCUCUCUUUUUCUGUCUUCCUCACUUUCUCCACCCUUCUUUCUGUCUUAAGCAUUUUGGUGAGCAGGCCAAACUCAGAAGUCCUCAAAAGUAAUAGGAAACUUUUUCUCAAGACUAUUAAUGCACUUUGUGAACCAGUCAGAUAGGGUCAGAAAUCCUGGAUGUCAAGAUUCCAUAUUUUUUUUUUGGAUUAUAAUACCGUUAUUGUUGAAGACGAAUUAAAACGUUAACUUUGAAUAGCUAAAUAAAGCUAGCCAAGGUGAGCAGGUAUUUCUGCAAACUUUUGUCUUGAGUUUUUAUUUAAUAAUCAGUAGAAACUGUAGUACAAAUAUGAAAUUCUUCUUCCAUUUCAUUUACAUUUUAUCUGGUAUCUGUUUUUAGUUUAACAUGUUUGUCAUAACUCUGAACUUCAGAAUGAAACACUCUCCCAACCAAACAAAACCAGUAUUUUGUCCGUGUGGGUGGUGGAGAAGUAAGAGGACAAGUAAGAGAGAGUGGUGGCCUGCUCACCUGGCUUUACCUAGCUGUUUUGCUCCUGCGCUAUUAUUUGUGGAGGGGGGCUGAGGAGCAUGCUGCAGCACCACACAGCUCCUCACACAUCUGUGGAGAAAACAGAAGCUGUGAAGUGUCACCUUAUCACCACUAUCAAAUUUCCUGUUAUAAUUUUGUAGUGCUCUUAAACAAGACUCUCUUUAGUAUCAGAAUUAAAAUGGAUUCUAAAAAAAAUCUGAGAUGCUUGAAUUGGUACAGUAAACAAUAAAUCUAACUUUUUAAAGUUAGCUUAAAAAAAUAGAGAGGAAAAGAAAUGCUUAGUUCUUUACUUUUAAGCUCUUAGUCCACUAAUGCAUAACUUUAGAGCUGUUCAUAAGUGCUUCAACCCAGCUUUUCAGAACCCCUCCUUUGCCAUUAUUUGUGUGUGAAUUAUAGGCAGCUAGAGGUUUGUGGUAUUUUAUUGGGAUCUUUUUUAAUUCCUGUCUUACCCCUUUUGGUCUUUGCUAUUUUUCUCCUAACACUGUUUUGCAUUGCAUGUGUUAACUUGGUAGCAUUAAGCACUAUGUGCUCUCAACACUCUGUGUUGUUGUUUUUUUGUUUGUUUUUUUUUUUACUCGGACUCAUUCCUUAUUGUCUCUUAUCUCCCCCAGUCCCUUAAUCCACCAUCCACCUUCCUCCCUCCUAUUUGACCCGGUACCACAGCGAUAUGCAGUGGACAGCCUCAGAGCCACAGAACAUGAGCACUCACAGAAGGAAACAUCUGUGAAUCCCACAGAGAAGCUAAAUUCAAGUCAAGAAGUUACUGUACAUGUUUGAAAUUCAUACAUGUAGUUACUGUGGCUCGAUAUGCUAUUUAAACCAUAGUUGUAUGAGUCAUUUAAAGUAUUGAACCAAAUACUUUCUCUUUUUAAAAAGACUUGUCUUCUUAAAUAUGAAACCACGCACAGGAAAAGGCAUCAUUUUAAUAUUCAGUCAUUAAUUUUAGCACCACUUGAUUUACUUUUUACACAGGCUUUAAUCAUGUGAAGAGAAGUUAUGAUUGUUGAAUGGUGUUGACUAAAAACCCAAUUCUUACCUCAAAUGCUUAAAUAUUAAAUAAAAUAACUGGGGGGGGGGGAUUAAGAAAUGUACAAAACAGAUGAUCAAUCACUGUAUUUGCGAUAGUCUGAAGUAUGUCCCAUCUUUGAAAUUGGGGCUUCAGAAUUAUAAGGUAAGUAUGUUUUUGAAUUGUUAUAUGUAAAUUAGUUAUUUUAAUACAACAUUUUUUAUUUUUAUUUUCCCAACAUAUUUGAUAGUAUAAUCUUAAACUUUAUUUUUCUUUGUAAAAUAGAAGGCACCCAGGCCUUCGGUUUUACUCGCUUAGCUUGUUACUCCAAAGCAGUUGUUUUUGCUUUGUCUCACCUGUCACAUCUGACACUGACUGGUAUGUUUAGAUGUCUGAACUAAGACUGCAAGGAGUUAAGAUGAGCAGAGCUUGUCCAAAAACAGCUGCUCUUUGGUCUGGGCCUUUAAGAAAUGAUAAAUGUGUGAUCUGUUUUUAAAGUAAAACAUUUACAUAGAUUUAGGCAUGAAUACAUGUAACCAGGAUUCUUGAUCCUGAAGGUGGAUCAUUGUACAUAUUUUCCCAUUAAAAAACAGCAACCACUAGAUAACUACAUUCUCUGAGGUCUCUAGGUGGGGUCCCCUGCAUAUCACUUCCCUUAUCCAUUUCUUUUGCCAUGCACUGUGCCAAUGACAGCACAUUGCACACUUUUUUAUAUAUAUUAAAAAAAACACCCCUUGUAGAUUUUUUUUUUGUUUUAACUUUUGUUAUAUUUUCCUUUUCUCCUGUUUUAACAGUCAGUUGGUGGAUUUAUUGAAAUGUCUGCCUUUUCUGUUUAUAUAUAGUAUAAUGUUUGUUUCAAGGCAGAGAGAGAUUUGUAUUUUUAAGACCUAGAGAAGCUAGCAGAAUUGCAGUUGAAAGCGUUUGGUCGGUUUCUUACGUUGUGUCACGUGUGACUGUUUUUUUGACAGCCCAGUAUUUUAAAGCCAGGAUAACAUCGGCCACCGGCUGCUUCAGAAACAUGGAUGGAAGUUGGGGCAAGGACUUGGCAAGGCCAUGCAGGGUAAGGUUUGUUGGAUCCCUUCUCUAUGUCAGUAUGCAUGUGUGGGUGUGUUUUCUUUCUCCCACUCUGCAGUUGACCUAAGUGUAACACUCCUUUUACAGUGUAUCAUAGGCUAAUGGCCUCGGUCAGCUUCUUCCUCUUUGCUUCAUAAUCACUAAACCUUUAUUUCAAUCUGCUUAAGAGAAAAUGCUUCGGUUUGUACAACAAUCAAGAUCCAUGUGAAAUCAAGGUAGAUUUAGGAACCCAUGAUUCAUGAUUCACAACCCCUAGAAUCAUCAUCUCCACAUAUUUUAGACCCCCCCUCCCCCUUUGAGUUUCCAUGGCUGCUGUUGAAGUAAUCUGAUUGGCUGUAACCACGGCUCAGACUCUGAAUGGCUUGCCGUGUAGAAAAGUUUCCCUUCUCUGCUUGUUUACCUGUUUCUACCUCUAAAACAGUGAAAGUUGUGUUUGUAUGUGCGUGGUCAUUAUGUGGGACUGAGAUGUGUGUGUGUGUCUGCUACUUAUCGGGCAAUAGUCGACUUACAGGGAAAACCUCUCCACCUUUUUACACUCCGGGUGUCUCUGUCCCCAUGGUACAGACUUCCAUCCUCCCCCCGUUUCUUUGCCCCUCCUGCACAGCAUGUUUGUCCAGAGGUGCACUCCUGCUUGCCUCAAUCUCUUACUUACCAGAGGCUUUAAGCAGUGUUGGAGGUAGGAUGCAGAAUCACAAUGUUCAAUAAAUAAAAACAAUGUAAAACUAAAAGAAACUGAUCCAUAGAUGUUGUUUAAAUCCUUCAUUACACCUAUAGCAUUGCAGAAAAGACUCUAAACACUGCUCAAAGCCUUGCUGGCUAUUCUUUCAGGUAUGUUCCUAUGUUUCAUGUUUUUAUUUGUUGUGGGGUUACGCACAUCCCAGACUGACCUGGCUGGUUGUAGACCAGCUAGGACGAAGGAUCUUGAGGAGAGGUCCUUUCCGGGCUGACAAGCAUAGGCAAGGCAAAAAGAUUAGAGGGGGAAAAUUGUGGUCUUCCCUAGAAGCAUUCGGCAUAUUUUAAGACAGUUCGGUUGAUUUAGGCACGGGUCAGUUGUUGUUGUUAAGGUCAAUGUUCUUAAAAGCAAGUUAGAAUUACUUUUCCUUCAUAGAGUUUUUGUUGUUUAAAGUCCUUAUUAUGGCAUGUCAGAGAAAGCCUCUGAAAAACUGAUCUAAAUGGCCAAAACACCACAAAAUAAGCUGCAUCUGGUCAUUUAUAAAUUACAAGUGGAGACAGCAAUGUCCUGCUUCGCUGAGCUUGGAGGAAUGAAGCCAAUCGUGCAACACAACAGGUGUGCUGAGACAUUGACAACAGCACUGUGCAUAAAAUCUGUUGAAAAUCUCUCCAAACAGUACUUUUUAUAACAAUGAUGGCAGAGGAACAUGGUUUAUUAAUCCGAGCCGAGGAGAUGCUUGGAAUUUAAGCUUUUAAAUUAAACUACUAGCUUGUCACACAAACUAUAUUUUAUCACUGAAUUGUUCCCUUAAGCUAAAAUAGCCAGCGGGGCUGUGGCUACCUCACAUGGCGAGUCAGGGUUAUAACAGAGGAGCAACUUCAACUCUGAGAGCUUUAAGAUUAAGCACCUGCAUAAUUAAUAUAAAGAGUAUUUAUUCUUUAGUUAAUACUUCUGCAACACUUUUCUAUUAAUUCUGUUGUUAGUUGUAUAUAGUAAACCUACUACAUCUGCAAAGAGUUGGCUCACAACAGGCUGAUGUUUCCUUCAGAGACACUUAUUGUUCAAAAGGAUCCUUAAUAUAGAAAACAUUGUUCAUGUUGUCAGAACUGGCACAUGCUUGAUUGAGACUAACCAGUGCUGUCUUCCAUCUCCCACAUUCUGCCUCACACUGCUGAGCAGCUGGCUUUUGCACUUUUUCCUCUUGCUUACAAGAAAGAAAAAUGAAGAUGUAUGAACAUAUUUUUAAUCGACUAAAGUCAGUUAUGAUGUGAAACUGUCCUGCUUAUGUUUUAAUAAUAAUUCUAAUAAAAAUAAACCUGACUGAGUGAUUUCACCUGACAGUGCUUGGAAAAAUUUUUUUUUCCCACAACAGCAAGUUAGAAGUAGCAUCUCUGCUGAGAUGUCUGCAGACUGGCUACCUGAGCUGGUAUCCCAAUUUAUUAGGUCGUACAUGCUUGAUGUAAUCUGUUUCACUUAGGGAUGCAGUGAUAUAAAAAUUGGAGUCAAUAUCUUAUCUAAAAAUUGCUGUUAUGGCACCUGGUGUGGUCACUCUGACAUUGCUUCUUUGCUUCAGUUAAACACCCCACAGUCUUGCACUGCAUCGCUGUCACCGUCAUAUGAGCAAACAAAUGCCACAUUGCCAGUUUUAUUUUGUUUAUUUCAGAUUUUUUUUUUAACAGGUCAUACUUGUUUUAUAUAUUUAAGUCAGUACAGUUUUGCAGUGGAACAAUUGUAUUUUUUCCCAAGCUUAUCAUCUUGUAAGGAUGUCCUACUGGCCCGUGCCUAAAUGUAUUCAAUACUGAUUUUAAGUUGGGGGAGAGUCAUCCGGUAAUCUCUUUAAAAAGGGUAAAUAUGUCUUAAUAGGCAUACAUAGGAUAGGUUGUUUGACAUACUGUAGCUGCUUUUUCCCUACAGGUUGUUGAUGAUCAGUAAUGUAGAACUUCCUAUAACCUGAACCAUUUAUGAUCAAUUCUCAGUAGCCAUUUUUAGUGUUUUUCUGUGUUUUAUGUUGCCUGGUUUUUGAUAUGCAUUACACCUCUCCAUGUUGGGAAAAAAUAAAAUUCAAAAUGUCUUGGUACCAUUUUAUUUUAAAGGUAACUUGUUGAUCUGUAAAAUGAAUAAAUGAAUGUUACUGGUCACAACAUUCAGUAGUGGAAAAGCUUAGGUUUAGGGGAUGGUAGUCUGGCUUCUUGGGUUACAUUUUCAGUCAAAAUGCACAACAACAUCACUUUAGGGACCUGGGGACUUGGACAAGCGGUUUGAAUUAGUGGUGAGAGGAGAUUCCUGUAAGUACCUAGCCCUGUGUAAAGGGACAAGGUGGGUGGGGAUGGGCGGUGACUCACGGAAGGCCCUCUGGUAAUAAAUGCCCUGAAGCCCCAUUACCACACACCCAACCUCAUCUGCCCUUCUCUGUGUGCCUCAAUCUUCCUGCUUAACCAAUUGGUGUUUCUUUUUUACAGCGAUUUGAUCCUGCCCAUGUUGUGCUGAUGGUAAACUUAGUGGACGCACCGACCCUGUGCCCAUUGUUCUUAAAUAUGAUGUCAUGGGGAUGGGCCGAAUGGAGAUGGAGCUGGACUAUGCAGAGGAUGCCACAGAGAAACGGAGAGUGCUUGAAGUGGAGAAAGAGGAUACAGAAGAGCUGCGGCAAAAAUACAAGGACCAGGUGGAAAAAGAGAAAGCUAUCGCAAAAGCUUUGGAAGACCUGAGGGCGAAUUUCUACUGCGAACUUUGUGACAAGCAGUACACUAAACACCAGGAAUUUGACAACCACAUUAACUCGUACGACCAUGCCCACAAACAGAGGUUAAAAGAGCUGAAGCAGAGAGAGUUUGCUCGCAACGUGUCCUCCCGCUCUCGGAAAGAUGGAAAAAAGCAAGAGAAGAUGCUGCGUCGACUGCACGAGUUGGCUGAGCAGAGGAAACAGGACAAACAGAACCGUACUCCUGGAAGUGGCCCCAUGUUCAAACCAACCACAGUUGCUGUUGAUGGUGAGAAAGAAGGAGAUGGGGACAGCAUGCCACUUGAGAACCCCACUUUUACAGAUUCCAUCCUUGAGAGUUCACCAUCAGAGAAAACUGGCCAAUCUUCCCCAAAGCCCAGCCCAACUUUAAAUAUUUCUCUGGGGAAGAACACAUCCUCAUCCCCAACCCCUACUGGCGCAUCAAAAGUCAGUGUAUCAUUCUCUUUUGCAAAGAAAGCCCCAGUAAAGCUGGAGACGGCAGCGGCUGUGUUUGCUGAUCCUGGUGAGGAGGCUGUGGAGGAAGAGGAGAAUCAGGAAGGGGAAAAGGCUGGAGGACAAGAGGAGACAUCUGGCUGCAGCACAGAGAGUCCCAGAAGAGCACCUGAAGAAGAUGAAGGAGGGGAGAAAGGUGGAGCAGCUGGGGCAGAAGAUAUCCAGCAGCCUGAUGAUGGAGGCUCCUUGGCCUCGACUUUAAACAAACUUAAGAUGAUGAUGAAAAAGGAUGAAGGAUUUUCUGGACAAGAACCACAGUACUACCAUUACAUCCCGCCAGCUCAUUGUCGUGUAAAGCCCAACUUUCAGUUUUUGUUGUUCAUGAAGGCUUCUGAGCAGUGCCAGAGCAAAGAUGAUGAGGAUGAAGAAGAAGUAGAGGAAGUUCAAAAGGCUGAAGAAAGCUCUGAUCAGACAGAGUCCAAAGAAACUGAGUGUAAAACUGAACAAGAACAAGGUGAGGAUGUAUCAGCAACUGAACCAGAACCACCUCCUUUAUCACCUAACAUGAAGACUGAGGGCAAUAUCUCGUCUUGUGAGCAAGAGACGGUUUCAACUGCUCCCACUUCUCCUACUCAGAAAGCAGAGAACACACAGAGCACACUUGAUACAAACACUGGUCCAAAAGUCCCAAUGGGUCCCUUCUUCCCUGUCCUGAGCAAAGAUGAAAGUACCACUUUGCAGUGGCCUACGGAGCUUCUUGAAUUUACAAAAGCUCAGCCUUCACUAUCUUACAGCUGUAAUCCUCUCUACUUUGACUUUAAGCUUUCAAGAAAUAAAGGACUACGUGGUGGGAAAUCAGCAAAGUCCCUCAAAUCUGGAGAAGAGGCUGAUGACAAAGGACAAGUUGAAGCUGCUUCAACAGCUGAAGCCACUGAACCCGUACCUGAAGCAUGCACUGAUAAAGAGACGCCUGAGAUGAAGGAAGAUCCCAGCCAGCCAGGACCUGAUGAGCAAAAAUCCACGACUGCCAGUAGUAGCACAAAAAAGAAAAAGAAGAAAAAGAAGCAUAAGAAAUCGGGAAAACAUUCUAAACGCAAAGGAAAAGAAAAAGAUGCAGCGGGUGAUGCAGAAGAGAAUACGGAGGCAACGCAAGAAAAGCCUAAAAAGAAGAAGAAACACAAACGGAAAAAGAGCAAAAACAAAGCUCAAGAUCAAGAAGAGGUGGCAGGUGAUGACAAAGAAAAAGUUAAGCCAAAGUCAGAAACUAAAGCUGCUGGUUCCUCUGUUCAGUCCACAGCUGGAAGAUCAACAGGAGCGGAGCCAGGUAAAAGAAAACGCGCUGCAAAGGAAGUGCCUUCUAAAUCUGGAGCAGAACAAGGAGGAAGUGGAAAAAAUAACGACAAGAGCAACUCCUCAGAAGAUCACGGUAGCUCUAAAAGACAAAAAACGGACUCGAGUGGAUCGCAAAACGCGUCAUGUUCUACCUCUGCUCAGAAAAGUCCAGGUCACGGUAGACCACCCAGCAGCGAGAGCGAGGAGGAAGGCGGCUCCAACACCCAGCAUUCACGUCAUCACAGGUCCAGCCCACGAGAGCAGCGGCGCCAUCACAGCGAAGAGUCCAGACGGUCCCACAGCCGCUCAUCAAGGCGGGGAGAACGACGCGGCAGCAGCGGGCGGCGCCAUCGUGGCCAAACCUCCCGCAGCCGCUCCUACUCCAGCAGUUCUGGGCGCUCCUCAGCAAGAAGUAGCGCCUACAGUCACCGCAGCCGCAGUUACUCCGACAGCUACAGUGACUACAGCACUGAAGGCCGCAGACGGAGGCGCUCUAAACGUUCAUCUGACUCAGAGUAUGAGCGGCGGGGCAGUCGAGGUCGCAGGCGAUCCAGAAGACAUCAAUACUCCUCUUCAUCCUCAGAUGAUUCCCGCUCUCGUUCUCGCAGCUACAGCAGGAGGAAGCGGCACCGGCGGCACCACCACAGCAGCUCGAGAAGCUCCAGCAGCUGGAGCCGCAGCACCAGCACAAGAUCCUGGAGGCGGAGCUAUAGCCGGAGCCGAAGCUCAGCAAGUCGCUCCUCCAGUUCCAACAAGGGCUCACCUCACCGACGGAGCGCCAGGGGUCGUGCAGACAGCGACACACAUCGCAGAGACUUCAACCGCUCUCGGAUUUAUCGCUCGCAGUCUCCCCGCACGUCAUCACGAAGCCUCAACCGGAGCACCCACACAUCCACUUCCCAGACUUUGAGGCCGGUUGGGUCUCGUGAUGCAGGGGAACACAAGAACAUGCUCACAGCGCGGCAGCUGCUCGAGAGGGUUCAGUCCAAGAAAAGUUCAGAGGAUUCUGCCUCUGGAAUGAAAUCUGGGAUUAAGAUUAAGGAUCCACCACAGGGUUACUUUGGUCCUAAAUUACCACCAGCCCUGGGAAGCAAAGCCAUGUUGCCCCUCUUUGGUAAGCUGCAAGCAGGAAAGAAACCGUUGAUUCCCCUAACGAGACCCGAUGAGGGAGAGAAAUCAGGAACGGGGAAGGGUUCUGAAACGGAUGGAGAGGUUAUCCUAGUAGAACCUAUAAGGGAGUUCCCCCCUCCUCCACCACCUCCAGCGCCACCAGUGCAGAAGGUCGUGGAGGUGCAGCAGAACACAGCGACACAGGAAGAGACACAGCAGCAGUCGGCUACAGAAGAGCAAGUACACCAAGAACCACAGCCACUGUUUGAACAAGAUCCUUCCAUGAUUAUGCCCCAGUAUCAAGCAGAGCCAGGUCAAGACCCCUCCCAGAAUCCCAUGAUGGAGUCUAUCAUGCCUGAAAUGCAGCAACAGCAGCCUUUGCAUGGUUAUCCCGCUUACCACCCGUCCAGUUUGGAGGAAGACGGCAUUGAAGCGGAGGAGGAUGGCCUGGCGCCAUUGGAGAGUCAGCCAAUCACAUUCACGCCAGAGGAGAUGGAGAAGUACAGCAAGCUGCAACAGGCGGCGCAGCAACACAUUCAGCAGCAGCUUCUGGCCAAGCAGGUCAAGGCCUUCCCCUCGGCUGCUGCUGCCGCUGCCGCAGCUGCAGCAGCUGCUAACUUAGCCCCUGCUCCCCCUCCACCAGCCCUGCAGCAGAUCCACAUUCAGCAGCCAACCGUUUCCGUCGCCUCCGGCACAUCCAUCACCACUGUCCAACAUGCCAUCCUACAGCACCACGCUGCCACUGCUGCUGCAAUGGGCCUCCACCCAGCGCAUGCCCACCAUCAUCACCCUGCACAUGCCCAGCUGGCGCAGGUGCAUCACAUUCCCCAGCACCACCUUACUCCCAUCUCCCUGUCCCCUUUAGGCCACUCUCUUGGUCAUUCUUUGGGACACUCCUUGGGACAUGCGGGGCUUAUUCCUGCCCACCCAACUGCCUUCCUCUCUGGUCAGCCUAUUCAUAUUAUCCCUGCUUCUGCACUUCACCACACACCCUUGGCGCUCCACCAUGUCCCUCACGCAGCCCUUUACCCAACACUAUUCGCACCUCGGCCGUCCCAGGCUGCUGCAGCGGCGGCUCUCCAGCUACACCCACUUCUGCACCCAAUAUUCUCAGGACAGGACCUCCAACACCCGCCUAACCAUGGCUCUUGAGUGACGAUGGAUACAAAACGGGAUGUAAACAGAACACUGACAGAGAUCUGUGACGAUCUUGAUUUAGUGAUGGGGAUGAAGUCUUUGCAUCAGUGUAUAGGAAGUCAAGACGCGUUGUAAAAUCAGUUUUACACUCAGACUAAAGUGGUCAUUACGUGUUGCAGCCUGUGUUGGUUAAAAAAGGUGACACUAGAGUUUUUAUAUUGGUUUGUUUGGAUUUUUUUUCUUUUUCACUCAUGUUUCCUGUUUUAAAGGCAGGUUCAUAGGUGUAAUGAGACAUUCUGUUGAGAUUGUCUUAUAAACCAAUUGGGUCUGCAUUCCCAACCUCACUAACCACUGGAGUUUUUUUGUUUUGUUAGUUUUUCUCAUUUAUGCAGUCAUAAUCUUUGCUAAGUUUGGCAUCCACGGAGAUCCAUAAUGGUUGAGAUUAUAGAGGAUCAUGAUGAGACGGGACAUAGAUUUUGUUACAGAAACUAACUUCACCUCUGUUUUUGUGAUGGACUCAAUGAUGUGACACUUUUCCCCAUAUAACUACCUGCUCUUUAUUGAAUUCUUGGUCUCAAAAUAAUUUGUAUUGCUGUAGUUUGUACAUAUAUCAGUGUGUAAUGUGAAGAAGCCAGCUCUUGAUGACUAUGAAAUAACUAUGGUGUCUAAACUGGUAUGACACUGUCACAAAAGAAGUCCUCUAAAUUUGCAGAAAUGUGGCAAAGGUUUAAACAUCUCUAAUACUCUGAGGCAAAGCUCCUGUUUUCCCAUUGGAGGGUACGUGUGAAUGAAUUGCACUGAAUUCUGUAGAUUGGGCUGGUGCUUGGGCAUCAUGUAACAAUAAGAUUGUAGUAUACUGCAAUAAUUGUAUUUUUAUUUUUAAAUUAUUUUCCAAAUGCUCUUCAGAAGGAGAGCUUUGUUUGGCUUUUUUCUGUAAUUUUGUAAAUAAAAAUGCUGUAGAUUAACCUAUUAACAUUCUGAAAAGGUUGACACUGCUGUUGGUAAAGCAGACGAAUUACAAGUUAGUUACAACAUGGAUAUGUGUUUUAUCAAGGUUGGUUCUUAAAAUGUUUCCGCUGAGGAUGGCCGGGAUCCCAGACAAGUUAUCUGUCAAAAAACAAAAGUUGUGACUCUUGUAUUUUUAAAAACAUAACUGUUUCAACAAAUAAAACUUUGAGUCCA